CACCAUCAAACAGCACAUUCCGUGGGGUGAGUCUGCCAAGUGAAGAGCGGAGCCAGAUUUCUGCCAGUACCUGGAGAGACGAAAUCAUCGCCAGUCGCAUCGAUGAAAUGAUCAUGCAACGGUCCACUUUAAUCCUCGGUUGUUUGUUAUUCAUCAUGGGCGUAUCACGACUGACAGCCAGCAGUGACGACUGCAAGAUUCCGUCGUUUGACACCAGCCGUUGUUACCAGGUGUACACGGAUCUUCUGUCCUGGGGCGAUGCGGCCGCGGCCUGUAGAGGUAGUGGACAGCGCCUGGCUACUUUAGAAAAUGGAAACUUGUUGAAGUUUGUCAUCGACAACUUUUAUCCUGAACUGAAUCUACUUGGUUUUAGAAUUCAACUUCUAAGAAUCUUCUGGAUCGGACUCUCUCCGACAAGCGAUGGACAGCAGUACACGUGGACAAGCGGUCAACGGCUGGAUAGGAGUCUGUACACAAACAUACUUUUCAGCUCCACCCUUACAAGCUCAGUCUACGGAAAUCUGUGUGGAGCCUUCUACUGGCCCCUUGGAAUAUUCGCCACUAACUGCAGCUAUCCAAGCUACAGGAUCUGCGAAACUGUCAGAUCAUUGAGUUUUCACGCGAGAUCCGUUGGUUACGUGGUGAGUGACGUCAGCAGUGGUCAACAGGUAGCUUCUGACGUCGUCGUUUCCGUCAUCGACUGCGUGCGCCGAUGCAAGGGCGAUGAGACCUGCCUAGCGAUAAGUCACGAUGGAGUCACGUGCCAGCUGCAUGUCCAGCAGGCGGGUCACAACAUCACCGUCACGCGCAAUGUGGUUGUGUACACACGGAUAAACUAAAUGUGAAAAAUAACUAAUUAGUUAUCACAGCAACUUCAGCUAAUGCAACAACUCAUUAAUUAAUCAACAAAUCAUUCUGUCCAAAUGAGGAGAUUAGGUGUGAUUGGACCGGACCGAUCAGGCAUAAAUUUGGUUUUUGUGAUUAAUUAACAGUUUAUGGCUCGUCUAUGACGCUACGAAGACAGUUUGCUUUAAAGAUAACUAUUAAAUCACGAUUACUAAUAUUCUAUACAUCUAAUAACUCAGAAACUGUGAUCACCGUCUAAUAAUUUUAAUAACAUUUUAUUGUCAUUUUAGAUAUUUUUAACUUUCAUAAUAAUAUUGUCAGUGAUAAGAUAUUUUGCGGAUAAAUAAAAAAUUGAA